ACAGUACUCAGCCUGCUCGAGCACUCCGCCCGGAGUUUCUUUGACCCCUUCCCACCACUGUCUGCCAGCAGACAGCCGGCAAACACCGUGAAGCCCAGCGAGUCCAGGCGUUUGGCCAGUCCAAAUCCGAAACCACUAUCACAACCUGUUUAAAUAAAGCCAGACAUGUAGGAUAUGCGGAACAACGCGGAAGAUGUUGUUAAGGAGGACUAUGGCAUGGAGUAUUUCGACUUCAAGAUGGAACAACUCUUGAUUGAUGACCAGGGCGAAAGUGCUGCGAGGGAUCCAACAACUGUGAUAGACGCUAUGGUGGACGCCGUCACCCUGACCACGCCUUCACAUCGCUAUUUGGUAGGGUCGAGUUUUGAGGACUACGUCACUUGGAUGUGGUUGGGCUACUUUCCCACACGGUGGACGGGUUCUACCCUGCUGACUGAUAAGGAGGGGGACCCCAAACCAGCCAUGCUGAAGAAAAAUCAGUAGAACAGUUCUCAGAGUUCCGACUAAUUUUUCCAUCAUUAAUGUCGAAAAGUAACAAUAUCGUAUGAUGGAUUUGUCACGUUUAUUUUGUAGGCUGAGUUGAGUUGUUCAGAAACCUAUUCAGCAUGUAGUUAUGUCCAUGUAUAUUAAUGAAUUAGAAUACUUCGAGAUUGAUAGCCCGAUUAGAACUCUACCUCUGUAGUUGUUGCAUAUGCAUUCUGAAUAAAAAGAAAAUAUCAUUUUGUCUGAUUUUAUAGUUGCAUUAAGGUCACACUAGUACUGCUCCUAUGGCACUAGACUUUGCUUCUACAAGUUUGAUUCCUAACAAGAAAAGUCUACCAGAAACGUGAAAAUAGUCAUUUGUAAUAUGGAUGCUCAUCAAGACCACAUGUAUUGUUAGUUGGUCUGCAGACUCUGUGAUUGACUAGGUGUAGGCAGACAUAACCACAUCAACAGCAUGUUACAUCAUUAGAGAUGAAUUUCUAGAUCUCUAAGUCUUUGGUGUACAGAAAAUGUUUAGUAAAAUUUUGAUAUUGUACGUAGACUGGUUCUUUUAUAACCUACAACGUAAGUAACGUCAGCAUUUAACUUUUCUAUGGACACUGUGCCUGUUUGAUAAAUAAUCUGUACAAAUUCACGUUCUUGAAGAAAUGAUCAUUAUUGCCAACAGCUUCACAGCUAAUCAAUGUCAAACAACCGUGACAUUUGGACACACCUUGCCCUGCAUUAGAUAGUGACACUGAUUACAGGUCAAAGAAUCACUGGUCAAAGUCAAAGUCCAUCCAACCUAUUACAAUAUUCAUGACUGUUUUGAUGACAUACUUGUGGCGGGGCAGGUGAAAGUUCAAAAUUCACACGCAGCACGACAGGUGCACAGUUGUAACAAUGAUGAAGCCUCUACACAUGUUCUACUGCGCGUGCCUGCUCGGUUUGACCACCAUUUCUGGCUUGUUGUCGUUGUUGUACCACUGUGCACCUGUCCUGUACUACCUGUGCACGGGGAUACUACUGGGUUCAGUGGGAUACUGUGUGGUUCUGUACUUGGCGCCGAAGAGCCGAGUGAGCGGGGAGGGCAAAGCUGUCUUCAUUACAGGUUGUGAUAGUGGUUUCGGAUUUGGACUGGCCAAACGCCUGGACUCGCUGGGCUUCACGGUGUUUGCCGGCUGUCUACUGGCAGACAGUGGUGGGGAGGGGUCGAAAAAACUCCGGACGGAGUGCUCGAGCAGGCUGAGGACUGUUCAGAUUGACGUCACUGAUGAUGGACAGGUCCAGGCCGCUGUACAACACGUCAGGGACAGUCUACCGACUGGGUCUGAAGGUCUUUACGCAUUGGUGAACAAUGCUGGAGUCUGGCAGCCCGGAGAGAUAGAGUGGGUCAGCAUGGCCACCUACCGACGUGUGAUGGAAGUGAAUACCUUCGGUACCGUGCGGAUCACGAAGUCAUUCUUGCCUCUGAUUCGUCGGGCAAAAGGCCGUGUCGUGAACAUCUCCAGUGUGAGGGGGCUUCACGCAGGACCCAUGGCCGGAGCCUACUCCAUGGCCAAGGCCGCCAUGGAAUUUUUCUCGGACGCCUUAAGACAUGAGAUGCACAAGUGGGGAGUCAAAGUCGUCAUCGUGGAGCCUGGCGGCUUUGCACGGGCUACAGAUAUCACAUUGCCUGCUAUCAUCAAUAGGUUAGUUGAGGAUAUGCGGAACAACGCAGAAUAUGUUGUUAAGGAGGAUUAUGGCAUGGAGUAUUUCGACUUCACGAUGAAACAACUGAGGAUUGAUGACCAGGGCGAAAGUGCCGCGAGGGAUCCAUCGGCUGUGAUAGACGCUAUGGUGGACGCCGUCACCCUGACCACCCCCUCACAUCGCUACUUGGUCGGGUCGAGUUUUGAGGACUACGUGGCUUGGAUGUGGUUGGGCUACUUUCCCACACGGUGGACGGGUUCUACCCUGCUGGCUGAAAAGGAAGGGGACCCCAAACCAGCGAUGCUGAAGAAAACUCACUAGAACAUUUCUCAGAGUCCCGGCCGCUUUUUGUCCACCAUUAAUGUCGAAAAUUCGAAAUAUCGUAUGAUUAGUCACUGUUAUUUUGUAGUUUGUUUAAAUUGUAAAUUGGUAAAAUCCAAACGUGGUGACCCCAGGAGGUAACGGCAGCUACUAGACAUGUAGUUUUGUACCCGUUUAUAAUUUUGAUUGAUUUUUGAUGGUUGCAUUCUGAAUAAAAAGACAGUAUCAUAAAAUGUUGUAUAAUUCUAUAGUUGCAUUCAGGUCACAAUGUUCCGUCAUUAUGAUACUGGACCUCUACACACAGGUUAUCCCACAGAGUCUUAACAAGAAAUGUCUAUCAGAAACGUGGUAAUGUCUAUUUGUCAUAUGCUCAUCAUGACUCAGACCACAUAUAUUGUUAGUAAGCCCGCCAAACUCUGUGAUCGACUAGGUGUAGGCAGACAAUCACAACAUCAACAGAAAGCAAGCUACAGCAUUACAGAUAAAUUUCUAGAUCUCUAAGUCUUUGGUGCACAGAAAAUGUUUAAUGAACUUUUGCUAUUGUACGGAGACUGAUUCCUUUGAUAACUUACAACGUCAAUUACGUCAGCAUUUUACUUUUCUGUGGACACUGUGCCUAUUUGAUAAAUCAUCUGUAGACAUUCACGUUCUUGAAGAAAUGAUCCUGAUUGCCAACCGCU